AUGGUGUGGAUUUUUUUCAAGUUACUAGAAUUGAGCUGGAAGUAUGUGCCUGACUGGGCUGGUGAUUCAUGUCAUGAUGCGCUAGAGGGUGCCGCAUCGGCUCAGUUCAGUUGCGUACAGCACUUGACCGGGUCACACAACGAUGACAACCUUCAACCCCGCACUCGAAAUUCUGCAUUUCGCAUAGGAAAAGCUUCUUUCUUGAAUCGUACGGCGGGGAAUAAGCCGGCUGCGUCUGAUCAGACGGUCGAGAUGUCGUUUUGGGGUGUGGAGGUGAAGGCGGGUGAGACGGUGGUGGUGGAUCCCACAGAGCAUGACUUCGACUACAUACACCUGUCCCAGGCGAGUCUAGGCGAGGCGGCCAAGGACCACGAGCGGGUGGUGCUCAAGGUCAGGCAGGUGGAAUUUCCCGAAGACUCUGAUGACUCUGAUGAUGAUGACAACAGCGAUGACAGCAAUGAUAGCGAUGAGAAUGAUGAUGACGGCAAGGGCAAGGCGGGGAAGGGGGCGUUGAAGUCCAAGUCGUUUGCAGUGGGGCCUGAGGUGGUGCUGGGUGUGCUGAUGAAGGGGCGGGUGGAUUUCGCAGCCAUGGACCACAUAUUCGACCGGCAGUUCAGCCUGGCCCACACGGGCAGCCACAGCGUGUUCUUCUCGGGGUACAAGACCUCUGACUCUUCUGUUGCUGAGUCCCUGUAUGAUGAUGACGAGGAAAUUGAGGAGGAUGAGGAAGAGGACGAGGAGGAGGACAGUGAUGAGGAUGAUGAUGAGGAAGAGGAAGACGAAGAAGACGAGGCGAUGGAAGGCAGUGACGAUGAGGAAGCAGCGGCAGCAGCCAUGGCAGCUGAGAAAUCGUCAAAGGGGAUGGCGGCGGCUGCAGCAGCUGCUGUUGAGAAGCGAGCACGCAUCAAGUCUGGAAAGAAGGGCACUCCAGUGCCCUCCCCAGCAGGGGGAAGAGGGGCAGCAGCAUUAGCAACACCAGCAGCAGCAUCAAAGCAAGGAACUCCAAUGGCGGCAAGAGCUGAAGGCAAAGAUUCCGCACCGCGGAACGGGAAGGAAGUGACACCAAAGAAAGAGCCUGUGACGGGCAGCAAGCGGGCAUCAGUGAGCAUCGUCACUCCGCCCUACUCGAAAGGCAAGGGGGAGAAGACUGAGCGGAAGAAGCCUCGCCCCGACACCCCCGCUGCCAUCAAGACAGCAGCCAAGGUGAAGCCGCAGGCAGCUGCAACAGUAACCUCUCCUCAGGCCCAGAAGUCGCCUACUUCUGUUCCGAUCACCUCACCAUCGACUCCUAAAUCGGGCUCCUUCCCAUGCACAGCAUGCUCAAA